AUGGAGUCUUUGCAGGCUAAGUGGUUCCCGAUUGAACUCAUCUACCAACUUGAAGAGCCAACAUCAACUUCUCCUGAUCAAAUUAAUAUGCGUCUGCGAGCUCCAAUCGCCUAUCUUAUUCGUGAGGCAGUGCUGUUCUCAUCCCAUCUUCCUGCUCCUCCUACUUACCCUACGGACUCAAUCCAGCCUUUCAUAUCAAAUUCAUUUCAGACAGAUUGUUCCUCUGCCCCACAGGCUUCAUACUGGCCCACCUUCCUGCCCGAAUCAAACCGUGGAUUCAACCGCGUUGUCCUUCGUCUGGCUGUUCUAGCUGGUACCAACGCUUCAGUGGACUUGGCUCCUGCCACUAGCUCGCAUUUGCUCACCUACGGCCUAACUCGAGAGGAUGCUUUUAUUGUAGCCCGU